CAGUCGGAACUAUUUUGGUAGGGCGCAGGUGGAGCCGGCGCAGCAACAGCUGCAUCCGGUUUGCACUCUUGCUCAGAAGUUUGCAGCUUUUUGCGGCUUUUCUUUCCCGCUAACUGUCUCCAGAGAGUGAAACUCGUUAGGGUAGACACCUUAACGUAACUACGUCGUAGCGUUUUAUGAAUAUGAACUACUAUUUAAUGGUAAUAAACUUUUUAAUAGUAAGCUAGCUUCAGAGACGCGACGGACGGAUGUGAACGGUCAAAAUUAGAUCGACACAAAUUCCAUAUUUAGUCUUUUUUUUACACGAUAAAUGGACCCGACGCGUCUGCAGGCUUCAACUCUGAUGGUUUAACGUGUUAUUUAACGUCAGAGGGAACCAUGGUGCCGUUGAAGAGGAGAAAGGUCUUCUCCCCCGGUGCAGGGAGCACCGGGAGCACCGGGAGCACCGGGAGCGGCUGCCCCGGUGCUCCCGGUGCUCCCGGUGCUGGACCGACCCGGUUCCCGCAGGUCGUUGUGUAUCUGUUGGAGAGGAAGAUGGGGGCCAGUCGGAGAGCUUUCCUCUCUCAGCUCGGUCGGAACAAAGGCUUUCAGGUGGAGGAGUUGUUCAGUGAGAGAGUCACACACGUUAUUUGUGAAAACAACUGUGGCGAUGAGGUGCGGACGUGGCUGCACUCGCAGGGCGGGGGCCGAACAUCUGCCCAGCUGCUGGACGUCAGCUGGUUCACAGAGAGCAUGAGAGCAGGACGUCCUGUGGACAUUCUGGACGGACAUAAACUGCAGGUACGUUAUUUAAUAUUUAAGUCUCCAGAGGUGUACGACCUCUGGAGACUUACACCUAGGACACAGCUGUUUGAGCGAGAGCUGCGGCGCUGGGCGGGGCGCGAGAAGGCCAUGUCUCUGAGCAGCCACGCGCUGUACGACAACAAACAGGUACACACUCCUCACAUUAUCGAUGUGGCCCGGGAUUCGAACCCGCGGCCACUGCAGGGCUCAGCCAACAUGGGGCGAGCGCACUUACUCAGUGAGCUGUUCCUGAAGGACAUGAAGGACACGGAGACACCGUCCCGACCCGGGGAGACUGCUGUCCUGGAGUCAGUUUCUCUGGACAAGUUCCUCCCUGAAUCAGCGGCCAGCAGCGAGCCGGGCGACUAA